AUGGCCGGCUGGUGGUUGCUGCUUCGUUUAGAGAGGUGGGUGGUGUGCUGGCAUUGCUGGGAGGAGGAGGAGGAGGAGGAGGAGGAGGAGGAGGAGGAGGAGGAGGAGGAGGAGGAGGAGGAGGAGGAGGAGGAGGAGGAGGAGGAGGAGGAGGAGGAGGAGGAGGAGGAGGAGGAGGAGGAGGAGGGUGCAAGGAGGAGGUUAGUGCAUCCUGCAUGGAGGGAGGCCCUGUGA